GUGAAAGUUCUGAAGCUUAAGACACAGACUGAGCAGGAAACUGAGAUAUAAAGAUACAGAUGGAUAUAUAUCAGUUUAGCACUACAGAGUCAAAGAUGAAACCAGGUCUAAGUCCACUGGAAAAAGGUCUUAUUAUUCUAUGUAUUUUCCUGGGCAUCAUAAGCAUUGCUAUGAUAUUAGCAUAUGCAACAAGCAAUGAUGGUAUUUGCACAUCACAAGCAUGCAUCUCAACUGCCGCUCGAAUCAUAGCCAACAUGGACGCUGCUACAGAUCCAUGCAAUGAUUUCUAUCAGUAUGCUUGUGGAGGAUGGCUAAAGAAAAACAGAAUUCCAGACAACAAUAUUGUUUCUAAUACAUUUGACAUUCUCAGAACGGAUAUUGAAGUUGUUUUAAAAGAUGCACUCGAGAAGGAAAGUGCUGAUGACAUUCCUGCAAUAAAAAAAGUCAAAACUUUCUACAAAUCCUGUAUAGAUGAAACUAUAAAAAACCUCAGAAAAGGAGGGCCAUUAAUUAAGACUUUGCCUGCUCUCUAUGAUUGGCCAAUAGCAGUGGACAACUGGGAGACCAGAUAUGGCUUGGUUUGGUCUGCUCAAGAGUCUAUAGCAGGUUUCAUAACAAAGUAUGGACAAUCUGGAUUAAUUAAUGUUUACGUGUCUGAAGACCUGACAAACUCCAGUACCUACAUCCUUCAUAUUGAUCAGCCAGGACUGGGUCUUCCCUCUAAAGAUUAUUAUGACUGUAAAGGUACCUCUGAAAUAGCAUGCUUGGCCUAUAUGGAACAAAUGGUUUCGGUGGCAAUGCUUAUCCGCAAAGAAAGGAAUCUUACCAUUAAUGAGGAUAAAAUCUUAUCAGAAAUGGAAAAGGUUUUUAAACUGGAAAGGGAAAUCGCUAAGGCAGAAGCUUCAGAAGAAAUUAGAGAAAAUCUCAAUGAUAUUUAUAAAAAAAUGACACUUUCAGGCAUUGCAAAAACAUAUCCUCUGAAAAUGAAUGACCAGAAUAUUAACUGGCUGAAAUUAAUUAAUGCCAUUAUUUCACCUGGUGGAGUUUCUAUUGAAGAGAAUGAGCAAGUGGCCCUCAUUUGCUCUGAUUAUUUAAAGAAAUUAAGGUUUUUAAACAAAUAUAAAGCCAGGGAGCUCCAGAACUACCUUGGCUGGAGGUAUAUCCUUUCGGCUAUAAAUGAUCUGAGUCUUGAAUACAAGAAUACUGGAAUUCAUUUGAAAAAGGCAUUAUAUGGAAAUGCUGCGGAAGGCUCUGAUUGGCAGACGUGUGUCACCUACCUUAAUGACAAUAUGGAGGAUGCCAUUGGAAGGCUAUAUUUAAAAGAAACGUUAUCAGCAGACAUAGAACAUGUGAAGGUCAAAGACAAAGUCAAGGAAAUAAUUGCGGAAAUUCGUAGAGCAUUUUUGGAAAUGCUAGAAGAGAUGGACUGGAUGGAUGAAGACACUAAAAAGCGAGCUGCAAGAAAGGUUGCUAGCAUUAAUGAAAGGAUUGCUUUUUCUGAGGAUAUCAUGGAUGAUUUUAAAUUAAAUGAAGGUUAUUCAGAGCUGGAAUUCAGAGUGGAUGAAUUAUUUGAAAAUAAACAGAAAUAUAUAGAAUUUGUUCAAAAGAAAAUGACAAGUAGACUAAGAAAACAGGUCAACAAAAAUGAGUGGGUGCCUGGACCAGCUCAUGUAAAUGCUUUUUACUCACUUACAUAUAAUGAAAUAGUGUUUCCUGCAGGUAUUUUGCAGACACCAUUUUUCAGUUCAUCGCAGCCAAGUGCUCUAAACUAUGGUGGAAUUGGCAUGAUCAUUGGACAUGAAAUAACACAUGGUUUUGAUAAUAGGGGCUGUAACUUUGAUGAGCAUGGUAAUCUGGUGAAUUGGUGGACUAAUGCAUCUAUGAUGAACUUCAGUAACUUGUCCCAGUGCUUUGUGAACCAGUAUGGCAACUACUCAUGGGAUGAGGCAGGAGGCCAAUAUCUAAAUGGCAUCUCUACAUUGGGAGAAAAUAUUUCAGAUAACGGUGGAAUUAGAGGAGCCUACAGGGCCUUCAAGAACUAUGUGAAAAGUCACAAGGAAGACGAUCUGCUCCCUGGAAUAGACCUGGAUAGUGACCAACUAUUCUUCAUAAGCUUUGGGCAGAUCUGGUGUGGAAUGCACAGACCUGAAUAUGCUGCUACUUUAAUAAAAACUGGUUCUCACACCCCAGGAAUAUUCAGGGUAAUUGGAACGUUACAGAAUUCACCAGAGUUUUCCAAGGCUUUCUCAUGUUGCAACAAUGCCUAUAUGAACCCAGCAGUAAAAUGUAAAUUAUGGUGAUGGCAGUAGUUUGGCCUUACUAUGCAUGCAAUAACAUAUUUUUGUAAAUUCACUCAACUUUUAUAAUAAUAACUUUCAAUUUUCAAUUGCAAUUUUUAACUUAACCCAUUAAAUUGUGUGCACACUGCACAUUUAACAGGCCCAGUCCUGCCCUCUCCAACGAGCAGAACAUCUCCUGACUUUAUCAAAAUGCAAAAAGAGGCUUUUAAAAGCAUUGAACUCCUCCAUGUGAAACAUUCCAGUAAAAAUAAAUCUCUUAAAAAGUUGUAAAAAACACGUGCCAGAUGUGCCACAAUCCCAUUGUUAGAGCGGCUUUACCAACAAAUUAAAAUGUUGUGGUUUAAUCCAAUAAAGGUUUACUGUUGUGAUGCUUUCUAUUAAAAUGGAUUAGUGUUCUUGGUUAAUAAUAGUAAGUCAGGUUGUUGCUGCGCUACACAUGUAGGAUGAGUUAAACUGAUGAAGGUGAGUGCUGUAUGGGGACAUUAUGAUUUUUUAAAAAGGUAUAACAUGACUGGAAGAUGAAAUGCCUUUAUUUAAUCAGAUUCUGUACAGGAUUCACAAAGGUGACAGACAUACAGUAAGAUGACAGCAACUGCAAUUAAAAGUUACACAAAUUUCUCCCUUACUGGUCCUCAAACUGGGUUUCCUAGAGUAACUAGGGGGCAAUAGGUAUUCUUCCCAUAUUUCAGCCUAAUCAGCCUUCAGGAUGAUUAUUAAAGCAUUUAACUUCUUAUAACAACAUUUUAUAACUUGUUACCACUUUUCUUAAAGGGAUACUGUCAUGAUUUUUAUGGUAUACUUUUUAUUUCUAAAUUUCACAGUUUACAUUGAAAUAAUUUACUGCACCAUUUAGAAUUUUAUUCUUGA